GGCAUCCUCUCCCUCACAUUCCCUCAGCCUCAGCAGUGAAGCCAAACUCUGCAUCUUCUGAUCCUCUUCUAAUGGUUUGCAGUCAUGAAUGUAGGUAUCUAUGUGUGUGUUAUCCUGGCUGCUUUGUCCAGUGGCUCCCUGAGUCUGCCUCCACAGUUAGUGAGAGCUGAGAGUACGGCUCACUUAACAAACAGCCUCCAUGCUCCGUCGUCCAGCCGAACACGCCAGGUCCGCUCGGCUCCAGCGCCACCUUCAGACCGGUUCGCCCACUACAGCCAGCUCCGUGAGAACGCAGCGGCUCCAAACAGCCUGAGCCAGCUCCUGGACAGACUCAUCCCCAGGAAAGGUUCUGCCCUCCAGAUCAGAUCCUCCCUCAGCAGCAGAGCCCUGGCCCCCAGCCACAGGAUAGAGGACAGAGAUUACCUCGGCUGGAUGGACUUUGGAAGACGCAGUGCAGACGAGUAUGAAUACUCCCCGUGAAGCCACAGCUGGCUUUCACCA